AUGGCGGAAAUGAAUGGCGUUGACGGUGAUGCCAUGGUCACGGACUCCAAGGAUGAAGUUAAACACCGAAUACCGGACGAUAUGCCGCGACCAAAUAUCCCACCAGGCCAGGGUGGAGACUUUCAACAAACGUCGUUUCUCCUUGACUGGUUUAACCUCUUCUGGGACAUUUUCUGGGCCCAACGGAAACGAAGUAAAAACCCUGAAGCCAUGCAAUAUGUUCAACAGACACAGCAAUUACUUCGAAUGCAAAACCAGCAAAUGCUGCGCCAAUCGCAGAUGAUUCCUGGCCAAUAUAACAUGCGAGCGGCCCGUGGUGGGAUGAUGCCUGCUGGUAUGCAGAAAACACUAAUGCAAAACAAUCCCAAUAUGACCCCCCAGCAAAUGGCGCAGCUGCAAAAGAAUCAACAAAUGCUCCACCAUCAGAUGCAACGAGAAACCUCUGAAAUGGAGAUGAAUGGCCACCGUCCACAGUCACCCUCGUCUGCAGAAAAUGCCCCGUCACCUUCGAAGCGUCCCCGCUUGGAUAGCUCGCAGGUAAAUGGGUUGCAGAUGGCACCAAACGGUCGAGGGCAAGGCCAAAUGCCUGGCCGUCCAAACCACCAGACCAACGCCAUGUUGAUCCAACACGGCAUUAAUCCGAACACCUUGACCCCUCAACAGUUUACUUCAUUCCAGGCGCAAAACCCAUCUGUCCAAGCAAAAUCUCUCCAGGUAUAUAAUCAAAACAUGGGUAACAUGAGUAUACAUAACAAUCGCGCAGCGAUGAACAACCCGGGUAUGCCAAAUGGUUUAAUGAACCCUGGUGUGAUGCCAAACCAAGGCGACAUGAUGCCCAUGCACGAUGGCCAGCUAUUACCCAUGCAAGAGUACUACAGCGCAAAUGGCCAAAUGACCCAAGUACCACGACCUCAGAUGCAAACUCCUGGCUCAGGGAACCAUGCACUCCAAGAUUAUCAAAUGCAGCUGAUGUUGUUGGAGCAGCAGAAUAAACGACGCCUGCUGUUGGCUCGUCAAGAACAAGAUGGCAUAAACCGAGGCGAUGGUCAAGCAGGGAUGCCCGGCCAGCCUAACUUACCCCCAGGCACAUCCCCACAGGGUAGUCGGGCCGGCGCGUCCCCGAAUCCUAAUGAUCAGAUGAAGAGAGGCACACCCAAGAUGCCUCAGACUGGCCUCCCCGGCUCUCCUAGCGUUAACGAUGCGAUGGCUCAUGGCCGUAGCUCUCCUGCCUCCAUGAACUUCGGCGGCCAAAUGCCCCAAGAAAUGGGUGACGGUGUCGUCCAGAAUGGCAUGAGACCUCCCAGCUCCAAUCCUGCCUUCAGCGGUCCCCAAAUGACUCAGCCCAUGGAUGCCAUGUCGCGCCCACAGGGGCCUGGCGGUCCCGGUGGUAAUAGGAUGCCAGGCGGCAACUGGCAAGGCCAGGGGCCUCCGGGUCAACCCAUGGUUCCACAGCAGCAACAGGUGGGUCAGCAACAACCCCAGCCGGCAGGAACUCCGCAGGAGCGCAACGCGAUGCCACCACCCCAAGCGCCCCCUGCUGGCGUCGCUGGUACAGGCCGGACGCAACCUUCUUCCCCGCAAGCGGGCGCUGCACCCCCGACUCCGCAGCAGUCUAACAAGCCGGCACCCAAAGGGAAGAAGGAUCCAAAGGAGAACCCAAGAAAGCGUCCACCAAAGAAACCUUCAACAGCUAAUGCCUCAAAUACCGCCGCAACCCCCUCCUCAGAAGUUGACCCCCCACCUACCCCGACCCCACCAACUCCCAUAACUCCUGUUCAUCCGAGCUCGUUUAACAAGAACAACGCCGCAAACAAUGCAGCCGCUAAUAAUGCGAAUGCAAAUACGAAUGUAAACGGCCCACAACCAACGUCUGCACCCAACGCUGCGCAGCAGCAACAAAAUCUUGUUCAGCAGCAGCAAGCUCAACAGCAACAACAGCAGGCUCAGCAGCAGCAAGCUCAACAACAACAGCAGCAAGACCCGGGUCAGACUUUUGGGGAUAUGAAUUUACCUGAUGCCAACAACUUCAAUCUCGACUUCACAACCUUGGAUAACCCUGACAUCCUAGAGAAUUUCGACUUCGAUUCAUUCCUUAACACGGAUGAUCCGAAUGGAUUUGCGUUUGACCCGAGCAUGCCGUAUCCCGAUGGGGUUGAAGCGGGUGCGGGGGAGAACUUGUAA